AUGUCGGCGCAGCCGCCCCGCGACAACUACCAGUACUUGCUGUCGGAUUCGCUGCAUUCGCUCAGCAUGCCUUACUCGUUCCACCACCGGCUGCCGUGCAGUUCGCCCUCGACCGUGCAGCCGAUGGACCUGAACACGCACUCGGCUGCGUCGGCGGCUGCGGCGGCUGCGGCGGCCGCGUCCGCCGCCGCCUACAGCCAGUCGAUCAACAUGACGGACCUGUCGCAGAUGACGCCGCCGAGCGCGGCGGCGGCUGCGGCGGCCGUCGCCGCCGCCGGGCUGCCCCCGGUUCCUUCCCGCCACCUGCCGAUCAUUACCAGCGCGAUAGCGGGCGGUGGCAACGGUGGUGGAGGAGGCGGCGGCGGCGGCGGCUCAGCAAACGGUUCGGCCGGGUCGGGCGGCGAGCUCGGCGAACCGGGCAGUGGUGUGGUGACGGCCGCCAGCGGUGCCAGUGGGGGCGGCGGAACCAGUGGCGGAAGCGGUGGCACGGGGAACCCUUCCGCACAGCAGCAGCAGCAGCAGCAGCCGCCCCAGCAGAGCGGCGGCCAUUACAUUACGCGGCUAGAAUAA